AUGACUAAUCCAGUUUACGUAGCCAUGUGUGUGCACAUCCGAUUUAAAAAAGAAAACAGAAUUGGGCCGAGUAAAUGUUAUCAAUCACAAUCUAGACCAGUAACUUGUACAACUGGUUGUAUAGAUGGUUAUAAAGGAACAUUUGGUAAUUAUUGUAAUGAAACAUGUAGUACAGGAUGUUUACCUGGUAAAUCAACCUGUGAUAGAGAUGGUAGAUGUACUGUAGGAUGUAUUAAUGGUAGAUAUGGUAAUAAUUGUGAUGGUAAAUGUAGUACAGGUUGUUAUAAUGGUACAUGUAAUAGAAAUGAUGGUAGUUGUAUAUAUGGUUGUAUUUCUGGUAAAUCAGGACCUACAUGUACUAAUGAUUGUAGUAAAAACUGUAUUAUAUGUAGUCAGAAUGAAAAUAAGAAAUGUUCCCAAUGUUUUUUAAUUAUGAUUAUUUAUAACAAUGGAAAUUAG